AUGUCUUAUACUAAUAAUAAAUAUAAAAUCAAAGGUAUCGUUAAAAAUUUAGAGUGCUUGGAAGAAAGAAACUUCACCAACGAUCAAUGCUUGGCAGAACAGUAUAAAUUGAUUGAAUGUCUUCAGAAAGAAUACUUUUUGGCCAAAGAACAAGGGAAUGAGGUUACUGAAGCUAAUUUAGCAAAUAAAGACAAAAAACUUCAAGAUAUGAUUAAGAAACGUAACUUACAACAUAUUAUUGAUGAAAAUGAAGCAUUGGAUAUAAUGGCUAUAGACUAUGAAGAAACAAUCGUACAACAUUUGCAAUCUAUUGACAAUUUGAUGAAAAAAACAACUUGUGUUGAUGAUAUAAAUAAAGCGUUGACUAGCACAAAAGUUGAACUGACUGCGGUACUACGGCAGCAGAUAUUGAAAAAUAACACUGAUAAAAUAGGUAGACUUGGCAUAUAUUAUAAUUAA